GGAACAAACCUGUGGAUCGCUGCCACCGGGUCCAUCGUCGGCUUUCCCUUUUCCCUGGCGACUGGUUACGGACACGGAACGAUGCUGCUCACCAAACCAGAACACCACGCAUCGCACGCAGGCAGCCAAGUCGCACUCGAGCACAGCAACAAACCAAACCAACGCUAGCUUCCUCCCCCAGCAGUCAGUCGGUCCCCGUUCCUUCUGGUACGGGAACGUGCGCCGAAGCAGCCGCCCUGCCCUCUCCUCCCGUCGCCUCCUCUCUACUCUUCCCUUUUCUACCGCAUCGCCGAUUCGCCGGUCCGUCCCAAAGCUUCUCCUCUUUCUGCGUCCUCAGCGUCUGCUACUCGUCCCUCCUGGAUCACUUGCAGAGUGAAAGAUCCAGCCUUUUUAGCCGCCUCUGGUCAGUCAGUGGAGUCAUCGGCCGGCCGUGGUAGUUGCACCACCGGGAAGGGCAGGAGCAGAGGGGGGUAGGUGGGUUUGUGGUGCUGGUAUGAUGGACUCCGGCAACAGCGGGAGCCUCCAGUCGUCCAGCGGCGGCGAAGACGAGUUCGACUCGCGGGCCGGGGGAGGCGGAGGAGGGGGCGUCGACUCCUCCCCGCUCUCCGCGCUGCUCCGGCCGUCGCCCUCGCCUUCGGCCGCCGCGUUCUCGCUCCACGGCUCCCUCUACGGCCUCCAAGAAUUCACGUCCGCUCCUCCUCCUCCGCCGCAGCAGCAACAGCAGGCGGCGCCCUGGUCAGGCCAGUUCACCGGCGCCGCGGGGGCAUCCUCGUCGUCGCCGCGCAUCGGGCACGCGGACGCAGGGGCGGGCGGGCGCAGCCAGCAGGUUGACACGUCCGCGACGGGGCAGGGGGCGGCGACUGCGGCGCCGCCGCCGAGAGGGUCGCGGAAGCGGACGCGAGCGUCGCGGCGGGCACCGACGACGGUGCUGACCACCGACACCUCCAACUUCCGCGCCAUGGUGCAGGAAUUCACCGGCAUCCCGUCCCCGCCCUUCGCCGCGGGGGUCGGUGCCCCCGCCGCGUCGCUCCGCACCCGCUUCGACCACAUCUUCCCCUCACCGUCCUCCCUUCGCUCCGCCGCUGGCGCAGCCGUUGACACCGCCUCGCUGCCGCCGUACCUCCUCCGCCCGUUCGCGCAGAAGCUCCCGACGGCGCCUUCCACUUUCCCGCCAUUCACGUCGUCGUCAUCGUCCACACCGUCCUCGUCCAACAUCGGCGUCGCCAAUGCCAAUGCCGCGACGGGCACGGCCACCACCGCAGCAGGGUCCUCCAACCUGACCGCCCAGUCGGCGACGGCGGCCGGAGUGGACGACACCUUCCAGCUGACGUCCUCCGCGCUUCUCCGGCUGCAGGACCCCAACAGCUACCUCUCCUUCCAGAACCUCCUCGACUCACAGCCCUCGUCACAGUCCAUGUUCGGCGCGGCGGGCGGGUUCGCGCAGGCGCCGCGGUUGCACGAGCCGUCACCGUCGUCGCCUUCGGAGUUCCUGACCGGCAUGGGAAGCGGCAGCCUCGGUGUCACCCACGGUGGACUCAUGGGCUCCGAGGGGCUGCACUUACACCAAAGAAGCGACGUCCACCACGGCGGCGACGAGCUGUCGGGCGUGGUCGCGGGCGGCGGCAGCUGCAAGCUGAACUACUCCCACGCCGGCGCGGCCACCUCGUCAUCGGCCGCAGCCAGCGUCGACAAGCCACCCGACGGCGGUGCCGGCGCGCCCGCCCGGCCUGGACGAGGCGAGGGCCUAGACCCUUGGAUUUGCACAUCGGAGUAGGGAAGAGAAAAAAGCUAGCGAUGCAUGCUGCGUUCUCGGUUUCGUCCUGUGAGCUACUGCUGCGGAGACGAACCGAACCGAAUCCACAAACAAAGUCUGAUUAGCCUUUUAGCCUACACCUUUCGCUAUUUGAUUAAUCUCUUCUUUCUUGAGGCAGAUAUCGUUAGCCCUUUGUACAUUAAAAACUUCAUCUUGCUUCUCCUCGAUCUCAGUGGCAUUUUUCAGUUAAUCAUACACGAUUUAGACGUGCAAUGAAAUGUCACAUAGAUACAGAGAGAUGCUGCAAUUCCAAUCCCAAGGCAAACUUGCUUCUUGUUCUUUA